GAAGCGAGCUAACGGCAGCAACCAACAACACGAUGCUUGUGAAAGUGAAGAAAAUCACCAGAUGGGAUUGGCAAGAGUCGGGGGGUUUGUGUGAGUGUCUUCCAACUAACAAUGCCAGGUCUAUCCUAUUCCAAAGAGAUGAUGCAUGGAUACGGGCGAAAAAAGCAAACCCCUACACCGGGUGCCUGUUACGCCCGUGAUGUCCCUCGCUGUCCCAUGUCCCAGUCACAAGGUGAGAUGCAAAAGCCAACCGCUGUGCCAAGCAAUCGGGUAUACCGCAGUAUGUAUGGCCCGUGUACCAGAAAGAAAAAUCAAGACAAAACGCCCUGCCUGCUGCCCUCCACGCCCAAGCCGCUCCGACCGAUUCACCGUUCUCCUCCGAGAUGCGGCCCAAGGUGCAACCCGCCGUGCGCCGCCGCGAACGUCUAUGCUUCCGCCUCCGUUUCCUGGGCGCCGUCGCCCGACGGAGCGCGCCGGCAGGCGGGCUAGGGCGAGCCGCCGGGGGCGGGAGAGCAGAUGAUACGCCGCCGCCCGAGUCAGCCAGGGCAGAGGCAGGCGGGGCCGGCGCGGCCACCGGCGAGACGGCGUUCGGUUUCCCGGCAGCCAUCUCAGGACCCGGGUAAGGCUCCGCCUCGAGGCUGUCGUGCCGCAGUCCAAAGGCCAGCUCGAGAUCGGGCAAGAACAACGAGUUCGCACGGUGUACGAAGCGGCCGUGAUCGUCGGUACCGAC